CUAGCCGCCACUGGUAUCAAAUAGGUUAUUAAAUUAUCUAAAUCCUGCAACUAAAUUUACCCUUUUCGGUUAAAAUUAAAAUAAUUUAAUUCUAAUUUCAUAUUAAAGUUUAAUUUUUAAUUUUCAGGACACAGUAUGGCCCCAGAUAACCGGUACACCUCAGGGAGAAGACUUGUACUGUCGAUCCUAUGUCUACAAGCUAUUUGUCUUCAGGUUACCAGUGAGUGUGAUCAAACGUUUGUGAGUCGACCAGGUGGUCCAAUGAACGGGACUUUUCACUCUCCAGAAUUCGAAAACCCGCGAAGUCACUCGAGAAAUUGCGUCUACACGUUUCUCGCGGGACCUGGACAAAGGGUCCAGGUCAGCUUCAUCAGUUUCAACCUCAGAGGCCGCCCACCAGAUCAACCGAAGCGAAAGUUUUUCACGCCCGAAAUGAAAAUUCGUAAUCAAAAGUUUUAUUACGACGAAUUGAAAUGUAAAAAACCGGGGAAUAUCGUUAAUUCGGCGCUAAUACAUUUUUCAGACCGGAAUGAAAGAUUUUCCGCCGAAAGGUGGAAAAAUUGA